AUGUUGGAAAUGUCUUUUCUCCUGAAUGCCUGUCUUGACAUCUUUGAGAUUCGCCAGAACAACAAGACCAUCGAACAAGAUCUCGGCCUGCUCCAAGCCAUUGACGAGCGUUUAGCAACCUAUGGUUGGCUUACCAACACUGGCAUCAAAUUCAUCGUCGUGGUGGAUAUGGCUGGGAGACCAUCGGCACCGGACGACGAUGACAGGAAAAGAGCGGCACCUGUGCUCGGCCUGCGGGAUUCAGAUUUGAAGCCUGCAUUCCGCGCCCUGCAGACUGCAUACGUUCGGCUCCUCCAGAACCCCUUCUAUUCGCCAGAUGACCAGACGCCAAUGGCUCUUGCCAAUACUGAGGGUCGCUCGGCCGAGAUUACCAGCUCCAAAUUUCUCAAGGAAGUUCAAAGAAUUGGUAGAACGUGGUCACCCGGCGUCGCUGCUCUGUAG